AUGCCAUCCGACAUCCAGGUCUUUGUGAAGUGGAAAGACCAGACGAUUUUCGCGGGAGAGAACGUGGAAUGUACAAUUACGUUCAAGAACGUGGCUGACACAAGCGCCGAGUCCAACCUGGAGAGUCAACAUUCAAGGAAAGGGUCUCGAGUCGCGAACCACACGAACCACACGAGCUCGAAUUCCGAAUCCUUCUUUGGGUUCACCCUUCCGGGUCGGCGAUCGUUCUCCAUCAGCUCUCAGCGAAAACCAUAUCAUCGAACAGCUUCGUCUCUGAACACUCCCUUGGCCCCUGGCUCACACAGCUUCCCCCCGAACAACGGCCCCUCUACGCCGCGGAGUUGGCAAACCGAGCACACCCAUAAGCGCUCCGUCUCUAUCCUAUCAAUUGAUAGUGAGAGUCAAGCCGACCCGUCGCCUUCGCCACUUCAGCACCAUUCCAAUCGACCCAAGCCAGCCAGAGGCCAUGGACGCUCUGCCAGCCUUCAGGUCCCGCCAAGGAGGAACAAUAGCUACGAGGACACUUACAAGAAAGCGCGAACCCCCACACACGCUUUCCCGUUUCCAUUAGCGGAAGCACCGAACGAGCAUCCCAACAGCAGUCUCAGAGUCGACACCUCCCAUGUAGGCCGACCGAGUCGCCCUGGAUCUUUAGCAACUAGCCCACUGGGGGCGCCAGAGUCAUUGCGGCUUCCUGCGCGACGGCCGCAACCCCCUCCUCUCGACUUUAAAUUCCCAGCCGCGCCUUCAACGGAUUCAACCAGCCGCGGACCGCGCACUCCAUCGCCACGCUCUGCGACUACAAACGGGACAGCAUCAACUGCAGGGAAGUCUAAUUUAACAGAGAGCCAAGGAAUGACUGGACCCGCCCACCAGCAAUUGACUCGGAUCAUAUCUGCUACAAGCGGUAAUGGGAGCAGUCGCAGUAGUGGAGAAUUCUACUCCAUCAGCGGCCAUUCUUCCGAGACUUUGGGAUCAGAGUACACGAAUUACUCUGCUCAGGGCGCACGAGCUCCUCCUCCCAUGCGGCAUGCCCGCCAUGCAAGCGUUGCGGCGUCUCCUGCGAAAGUCCACAACAGCCAGGCGCUGCUCAUGGGCUAUGCGCAGGUUAGCGCGUCCUUCACGGUCGAUGGUUCACUAAUAAACCAGUCAGUGUUUGAAGAAGUAAAGCGGAAGGGAGUGGUGGGUGGCCAGACAGGUUCAGGCGGAUUGCCUGGUCGCUCGAACCCCUCUGCAGAGCGCCCACGUAAGACCGGCGGGUUUUGGGGUGCGCUUAAAUGGAAUUCGAUUGAGGAAUCCAUCAAUGGUCUGCUUCCCAACAACGAACUGGAUGGAUUACGUGAAAUGCGUGGCGUGUCAUCAGAGCGCUCAAUCCCGUUAUUGUCGACUUCGCAGUCACUCCUCUUCGUCGAUCUUCGACUGGCACCUGGAGAAGAACAGUCAUAUUCCUUCUCCUUUUCACUUCCCAAAGGACUCCCGGCGAGCCAUAAGGGAAAGGCAAUCAAAAUCUCAUAUAAUCUUGUCAUCGGCACCCAGCGGCCCAGCGGGCCCAAUGAGCCCCAAAAGGUCAACCGGAUUAAUAUACCCUUCCGCGUUUUUAGCGGCGUUAAUGAGAAGGGAGAUGUACUUGGACAUGACCUGAUGUCCCCAUAUGUGAUUCUACGCGACGAAGCCAAGGUACAUAAAGUCGGUCCGGCUGUGCCAGUCCAACCAAAGCAUCAAAGCAUCAGCAAAUCACACCAUUCAGCUACGGAUUUCCUCGGCUAUGUGGAUGAAAUAUUAGCCCGGCGUGCUCGCUCCAAUACGCUUUUCCCGCCGGGGGCCACACCAUCGAGGCGAGCCAGCGUGGACGGACUCCCGCAGCUCUUAACUAGCAAGGAUAUUAUUGACUUUGCUAUCCUUCGCAGCAACCAGGCCGUUAAUUCUCGACGUAGCCCCAAUCGCUUUGAGAUUGCCCGUGAAGGUAAACGGAUUGCGGUUGUUGUCUUGAAUCGACCAGUCCACCGACUGGGAGAGACUAUCAUUGCUACCCUGGACUUUAGUAAUGCCACGAUUCCAUGCUAUGCAGUCCGUGCCUCGUUGGAGACAUCUGAAAAGGUCACCCCUACCCUGGCCAUCCGAUCCAACGCAAGCAUACACCGAACUACACGCCGCAUCCAUGCUUCUUUAUUCGAGAACACUCUGCAUGCGACGCGAGUGGCUUUCAGUCCUGCAAUUCCCAUUUCUGCCACCCCAUCGAUUGUCACUAGCGGUGUGACUCUGGAAUGGGAAUUGCGAUUUGAGUUCGUCACAUCCAAUGGACACCGUGAUGUGGGCCCUGGACCAUCUGGUGCUCGCUUACUAGAAGCGUUAUCAUCGGAUGAUCGUGGUACGGUAUUGUCUGCCAUGGAGCACUUGAACUGUGACUCGUUCGAGAUUGCUAUUCCUUUGACGGUAUAUGGCGAGACUGUGCGGGAAAGACUGCCUGAAGAAAAAGAAGGCUACUCCAUUUAA